CCUUCCUGUGUCCAUCAGUGUUUAGUCGAUUCAAAUUGAAUAUAAGUGUAAAAAUUCUUUUCUGAAAAAUGGAUAACGUCGCGGAAGUGCCUGAAGAAAAGUAUGUCGAAGUCGAUGAUUUUUUAAAGCUAGCUGUGAAAUUCUAUUAUACUUUGGGCAUUGAUCCCUAUGAAACUGGCCAAAAACAAACUAUUUGGUUUCAAAUAUAUUUUGUGUUGAACGUGAUUAAUAUGGUGUAUACUUUUUUUGCCGAGGUAGCGACUGUGAUAACCCUGUUACGCGAUGAUGAAAAUUUUCUCGAGUGCUGCAUCGUAUUGAGCUAUUUGUCCUUUGUGGUCAUAGGUCUCUCCAAGAUAUUUGCUGUAAUGAAACAAAAGCCAAAAAUGACCGCAUUGGUCAGCCAAUUGAAGACCUGCUUUCCGUCGCCAAGUGCAAAGGAUCAGGAGGAAUAUGCUCCGAAGUCCUGGUUGAAACGCUGCCAUAUGUACACAAAGGGAUUUGGUGUUCUCUACAUGAUCUUGUAUUUCGCCCACGCCCUAAUUCCCUUAUUCGUAUACUUCGUUCAAAGAGCGCUGCUCCAGUAUCCGGAUGCCGAGCAGAUUAUGCCGUUUUACCAACUCGAACCUUGGGAAUUUCGCAAGUCCUGGUUGCUUUAUCCAACCUAUUUUCACCAAUCGUUGGCCGGUUAUACUGCUACAUGUGGAUCCAUUGCCGGUGACCUCAUGAUCUUCGCUGUGGUCCUGCAGGUCAUCAUGCACUACGAACGACUGGCCAAGGUUCUCAGGGAAUUUAAGAUUCAAGCCCUUAACGAGCCCAAUGGACUUAAUGAGGAUCUGAAGAAGUUGCAGUCCCUAGUCGCCAAUCACAUAGAUAUACUUCGGCUCACCGAUGUGAUGAAUGAGGUGUUUGGUAUUCCCUUGUUGCUAAACUUUAUUGUCUCUGCGCUGCUCGUCUGCCUGGUGGGAUUUCAAUUAACCGUCGAUUUCAAUCCCGAGUAUUUUUGCAAGCAGGUGCUGCUCCUGACUUCUGUACUGUUUGAGGUCUAUCUCCUCUGCUCAUUUAGCCAGAUGUUAAUAGAUGCUAGCGAAAACGUUGGCCAUGCGGCAUACGAUAUGGACUGGUUAGGAUCCGACAAACGAUUCAAGAAAAUUUUAAUCUAUAUAUCAAUGCGAGCCCAGAAGCCAGUGUGCCUUAAAGCCACAAUUUUCUUGGACUUAUCCCUUUCCACUAUGAGCAUCUUUCUUGGCAUGACGUAUAAGUUCUUUGGCGCUUUAAGGACUAUGUAUCAAUAAAUGCUGCUAUGUAUUACUAAGCAUAUACAAAAUAUGUAAACACGUUAUAUUAAAAAGUAGAAUGAA